AUGCGUCCCUCCACCUCCCUUAUACCACUAGCAAUAAGCCUAGCCCCAGACCAUGCCUCAGCACAAGUAACCGUCGACAGAGCUACCACAUACCAAAUUAUUGACGGUUUUGGUUUUUCGGAAGCCUUUGGAUUCGGGGUCGCCGUUCAGGAUGCGCCAACUAUUCAACAGAAUCAGGCUCUUACUUAUCUUUUUGACAGGACUGAUGGUGCUGGCCUGACAAUUCUGAGAAAUCGGAUUGCGGCCGAUCCGGACAAUACGAUUGAGCCUAAUAGUCCGGGAUCACCUUCAGCUGACGUAUACGAGGAUGGCGGGUACCUCUGUGGCGUGACCGGUGAGACUUGCACUACCGGCGACUGGAGACAAGCAUUCGCGAAUUAUCUGGUCAAAUACCUUCAGGACUAUGAAAGUGAAGGUGUCACUAUCGAUUUCAUUGGAUUCUUGAACGAGCCCGAAUUCGCUGCAUCAUACGAUGCAAUGCUUUCGGACGGAACCACUGGCAUCGUCUGCUGUGACGCUGAGGGCUGGAAUGACCAAGUUACCUACACAGAGCAAAUCAUCGCGGCCGGAGCGGAAGAGUAUCUUUCCCGUAUUUCAUCACAUUGGUACACCUCUCAGGGGACUUCUCCUAUUAAUACGACACUGAGAGUGUGGGAAACUGAGUAUGCAGACUUGGAUGAUGCGUUUAGUACGACCUGGUAUUCAUUCGGUGCAAUUAGUGAGGGUUUCACGUGGGCUGGUUAUAUUUACCAAGGUGCACAAUCCGAUAGCAAUGCGGCCGGUCUCGUCACACUCGAAGGAUCCGGCUCAUCUACAACCGUGACUCCGUCUGCAACACUCUGGGCAUUUGCACUAUUCUCACGAUAUAUUCGUCCCAACGCCGUCCGUGUUGCCACUUCUGGCACUCCUACCAAUACUAAAAGUGCAGCUUUUACAAACACAGACGGAACUGUUGCUGUGGUCAUGCUCAAUUCGGGCUCAACGAGUCAGAAUGUGACUGUCAGCGGAGUAUCAGUUGCUUCUGUUGAGGCGUAUGUCAUGGAUAAUUCUGUUUCAUCGCCUGCGGCAUUGUCGGCGUCCAGCAACGGAGACGUUGAAGCGACUCUGCCCGCCUAUUCUCUGGUUACACACAAUUUAUCAGCGACUUCCAUCCGCAAGAAAGUUUCUUUCGACCUUGCCGACUUGACAGAUGAUUCAGACCCCGAGGACUAUCGAGACGACUACAAGUCUGACUGGUCGCCGCGAUCAGCCAUCACCGGUAUCACGCCGCGCAGACUACGCAAAUAUGUUAUAGCUUCUCUCGUCUUUUUCGUUAUCCUUUAUAUCACUUUCCACCGAUCGCAUCCGCCGCGAGGGUUGUCUCCGUAUCUCAAUUAUGACGCCAUUGAUUGGACUCAAUAUGCUUAUACGCAGUAUGCCACGGAUGAGACGUAUCUGUGUAAUUCGGUGAUGGUGUUUGAGGCGUUAGAUCGCUUAGGGAGUCGCGCGGAUAGGAUUCUCUUUUAUCCGAAGGAUUGGGAUUUGAAGGUGAACUUCGCGGAUGAUCGGUUGAGUCAGUUGUUAAAUCUGGCACACGAUCGGUACAAGGUUCAACUGGAGCCGGUUACGAUGGACAGUCUGCAUCAACACGAGUCGGAAGACCGCGCGACGUGGGAUGAAAGCAUCAACAAAUUGUGGGCUUUUCGAGAAACGACCUAUCGCCGCAUCCUACAGAUCGAUUCGGACACUCUUAUCCUCCAGAACCUCGAUGAACUUUUCUUCCUCCCAUCUUCCACCGUCGCGAUGCCACGAGCGUACUGGAACUCACCCGAAAACAUAAAACUUACCUCUCUCUUGGUGUUAUUAGAGCCGUCCUACAAGGAAUACAAGGCGUUAAUGGACAAGGUGCAAGGGGUAGAGGCGGGKCAACUCGGCACGGGGAGGGAUGCGUUAUAUGACAUGGAACUGCUCAAUCAACGAUAUGGCGGGUCGGCACUUGUUCUGCCACAUCGGCAGUACGGUCUCGUGACGGGCGAGUUCCGUACCAAAGACCACCAGAAAUUUCUGGGCAAUGACUACGAGACCUGGAACCCAGAUAAGGUCCUCAGCGAGGCUAAGCUGGUGCACUUUUCAGACUGGCCAUUGCCCAAACCCUGGAUUCUGUGGCCUACAGCACAACUCGCAAAGAUGCAACCGGUCUGCGUCCAUAACCCCGGCACACCUCAGGAGAGUGGCUGUCGCGAUCGCGAGGKGUGGAAACAACUCUACGAAGAUUUUAGAUUGAAACGAAAGGAUGUGUGCAAACUUCUCAGCUAUCCGGCUCCGGAAUGGCCGCCGAGGCCGAAAGACAUGUCGAAUUUGCCGAAUCAGCCACCUCCUCAAGACCUCCCUCCACAAGCACCGUCGGUUGAUUAUGAGGUUGAUGCGAAUGCGAAUAUCGAUGCAACGGACGAGAGCAACGCAAAGGUAGACACCAUUGCGAAGGCAGAAGUGGGUGGAUAA